AGCAGCUAUUCAAACAUAUGGGUUGAUAGCACCCAUCAUACAAGCUGAAAUUUCAGCAUUACCCAUAUUACAGGUUGCCAUACGUUGCCACUACGCACUGCAAGAAGUGAACAACUUAUUGAGACAGAGGCGAUCACAGAAUGUGACUGAAUCAUUACAUCAUAUGGUGGCUGUACUAACCAGCUACAUAGCUAAGGUUACAAAAGAGCACGGUAAGAACAGCACAGCAUUAUCCAUACUUGAAGCUGGGAAACAAAUACUGAGAGUUGAGAAUUCUCCUGUGUUGGAAAAUGGAGUUCAAUUAUCUGAGGAUGCAGCUGCUGCUAUAAAGAGAAGCAAGUCAAGAAAAGGUACUACAGUGGAGGUCUUCUCCAACCAAGAGCUUGCUGCUCUGGAAGAGCGACUUGCAGAGUUAGCUCGCGAGAGCAAAGCAGCAGAUGAGCUCACUGGAGCGGAGGAGGCUCCUCAAGUCCUCGCACGGAUCUCAAAGAUGCGACCGAUUGUGGCGUACCGGGAGCUUGGGAAGUUUAGACGACGAACAAGAUUUUUGGAGUUCUUGGUUUGUGUUCUGCGCAAAGCCUUGCGGUUAGAACAGAUCGACCUUGCAUUAGAGUGGUCACAAGAUGUCAUUGGGUUCCUAAGAAAACGGAACGAGGCUUUGGCCGUAAAUAGAGCUGUGUUGAGCAAGCAGCCAGGGGGUGUUGCUGUACAAGGUGACGAGGCAAGAAAAUAUGCAGCUGCCAUUGUGGAGUUUUCUAAUGAAGUUCCGAAAAAGAAUAGGAAAAAUGAAGCAGUGAGGACAAAGCAGAGAGAGAAGCAAAAGAAGUUGGCUCUGAUGAAGAAGAGGAGUGGAGAGAGCGUUGGAAACGAAGAGCAGGAGGAGGCGGAGAGAAGAGCGCUCCAAACUCUCGAGCAAUAUUUUGUUGAGUUUUAUCGGAAUGCUUAUAAAAAGAAGAAACUAAGAAGGUUAACAACAGAAGAAAUGCCAUGGAGAGCUGAGUUCAAUCAUAUUGUUGCUUUGCUUUAUUCAAAUGUAUUUCUCAGCAAACUGAAAUCUAGGAAUGAUAUCUAUGGGAUAAAAAAUCCACUAGGUAGCACUGUGGAGUUCCUUGACCAGGAUUGGUGGUCUUACAGCACAAGUGGCACGAUCGUUGUUGGUUGGAACGAUGGUUGUAGACAAAUACAAAGUUGCGAUGACGACAAAGAUGACAUCACGCUUAAAUCGCUCGAAAAAGCUGCGUUUUUAGCGAUUACUUCUUCACUGGUGACAGCCCCUUUACCCUCAUCUGGCAAUCAGACGACCCCCGAUGACCCCGUUGUACCGGGGUUAGAAACCCCCCGCACCCAGCGUACAAACUCACCAAUGUCUAUUAUUUCAACACAAACCAUGGACCCUGAGGUGGCUGCAGUUCAACCACAAGUUAUUAUCGACACUUUAAAAGUCACGAUGCUAAGUUUCCGUCGAGCAUUAGUUCUCGCACAUAGAGGACAACAUUGGGCUUUGUUGCAAAAUAUUUCCCAUUCUUUGUACUCCUGUGUUACAUCUUCACUACAAGUUACAGCAAGUAACUCUGAGCCAAGUUUCUCAGUGCCCGAGCUUAGAUCAGUAGUGUGGAGACCUGUUGCCAUGGCUACUGACUUUCUUCUGGACAUGAUGGUCAAAGUAAAUGAGAAAAAUGGAGUAGAUUGUUUCAAACUAUUCACAUCAAAAGAUGGGAAAAUGAGGUCCAUGAAGGGAGGAACCUCUCUCAAGUUUGAAGAGCAUUUGGAUGACGUUGGUUUUGUUGACUUCGCUAUCUUAAAACAGAUCUUCUUUCAUGCUGUGCAGAUGCUACAUUAUGAAGAAAGAUGGGAGCAAUUGGUUGACUUAUGCCUUCGUUUCUCCAUUGUGACAAACAAUCACUAUUGUGAGGUCAUAACACCAGUGAUGGUGCAUGCACAACACAAAAUAAAAGAUCGUGUCAGUAUGGCUGGGGGAAUGCCGCAUCCACAAACCCAGUUCAAAGAAGCUGCCGCGAAAUUAAACAAGUCUCGUGUCUUGAAUAAGCACUUCCUUACAUAUGAACUCCGUAUACCUCUUCCCUGCCAAGCCUCCCCUAUUGGUAUAGGUGGAUACAUUGAUCCAUCAACACAUGAUGUGUACGAAGGUGGAAGGCGUGCUCUAGCGCUCUCAUGUGUCCCGUUUGAUCCCGUUCACAGCAUUGAAGAGCUAAGAUCUGUGCUCUCCCAGUCACAGUAUAUAUCAAGGGCAUUACAACACUCAAGGCAACUAAUGACGGUGUAUCUUGCAUCUCAACAUAAUUCUAUCAAAGGCUCAAGAAAAUCAAGUGCAAAACUUGAAUCUAAUGCAUCCUGUGUUGAAUUUUCAACCAAAGCAGAAAUGAGAUAUUCCGCUGCACCAGUUGAUGUAGGGAAGAAAAAUUUUGAAAUAAUCGAUUCUGUUGAAACAGUGGCAUCAUCACAGCUUAGUACUGUCAUACAAUCCUAUAACAUGACAAUUGAGUUGCUCGAAUCGCACGCAAAGCACGACCUUGUUGCACAAGCUGCACAUGAACUUGGAAAUCUUUAUUUUCAUCAGGGCCACACUAAGUUAGCUCAUAAAUGGUGGAUGAAAUCAUUGGACCAGAUUAUUAAAAAGAAGAACAGUUUAUUUGAGUGGAGAAAACUAACCGAUGAUUUGGAAAAAAUCCCCGAACAUUUUUUAAAAACAUGCGGAUUAUGGGGUUGCUUGCUGGCAAUUACAGUUACAUGCAAAAUAGGAGAAUUCACUUCAACUGAAGUCGAUUUGAAAUCAGAAUGUGCUUUCCUUGCAACACAGCUAGUAAGGGCGGUGUUCAAAUCCUCACUACCCCACCCCACUGCAGAUUGUGAUUAUGCUUCGUAUGAGAUCAGACCUGGAGGUGCGGAUCCUUCACCAACCACAAACCCAUCAAGAACUAGGAUUCAAGCCCAAGCAGGCAAACUACACUGUGGUAGCUUGCUCAAUGGUGUUGACCUAUUCGCCGACAAAUUCCGUUGCGACGUCCAAACAUUGGUUUCCUCACUACACUGGUUAUGUGAAACACUCAUCAGUUUACAAUUCUUCAUGUCCUCUCUACCACCUCUUGUGUUUUAUCAAUACCUUGCUACUUUUAUCUGCAGAGAUAUACAGCAGACAGUGCAGUGCAGGUGUCUCAAACUGAACGCAUUAAUUGGGCAACAAAUGUACAAGGAAGCAAUGGACGACGCAUUAAACUUAUUAUAUGGCAUGCGACUCCCCCACCCUACAGACUGUGCGUUCAGUCCACCUGAAACUCCAAUACCAAACGUGGUCUUCAACACAAGCAACCCUGUAGAAGAUAAUGAUAACCUUAAAGCCAUGGAAGUCCUAGCAAGCAAGAGGAUUUCUCCGCAACUAUCUUCAGUGUAUGGACCCCACCUUACAUGUGAAGUAACACUUGCACAAGCCAAGCUACUUAUAUCCAUAGCAAGCUGUAUAUCUUGUGUGCCACAAAAACCAACAGCCCACGAUUUGCAGUUCGUGUCACCAGACCUUCAGAAUGAAAUGAAAAAUAGAUCCAAUCCCAUUCCACCGAAAGCUGGUUCGCGCCGUGGUUCGUCUCAAUUUGACGACACCCGUUCUAACUUCAGCGCUUUUUCAAACUCAUCAACUUCUAAAUAUGUUAACAAACUUUUCACAAAAAGAGAAAGACCGAUGGGGCAACAACUGCUUAAAGGCAUGCUCCUUGCUGUAGCAGAAAACCUUACAUCUGCCAUCACAAGAACACUGGAAGAUUCAAACGAAUAUUCAAGUUCUUCAACAUUAUGGUUGAGAGUGACUGGCCUUUGCUUGCUUGCUGAUAUUCAACUGCAAAGACAGUUAUCAACUGUGAGCGCGGCACAAGCAUAUUCAGCGAUGCAGAUUCUGCAAGAAUCGAGCGUGUUCGAUGCUCCUAUGCUCGGGAAGAGGAAGCUGAGAUCAGCAGUGAGGAAGAGGAGAGAGGAUCAGGAAGAUCCGGAGCAAAAGGAACCUCAGCAAAAGACCAUUGAACAAACCUACAGAUGUCGAUUGAAUGCAAGACUUUGGUUAGAUUGUAGAUUACUCAUGUGCCAAGCUCUCUCUACCCAAAUCAAGGGACUUGGAAAGCUUGGAGAUUCCUUACCUGACAGUGUAGGAUUACUGGAUCACUCACAAGCUCAACUUUACUGUGCUGAAGGAUUGGCUGAAGCUGAAGCUUGCAAUGAUGUGGAAAUGCAAGCUCUGUUUUUAAUACAGGGUUCUAUGUUAGAUGGUGUGUCAACUGAAGAAAGACGACACAUGCUAGAAGAUGCUUCUUCAACUUUAGACGAACAACCUGAAUUAUCAUCACGAGCAGUUGUUGGUCUCACUACAUGUACUGUACAUCUUGCUGAUUUAUCUAUUAUGGCUGGGACCUGUUCAACAGCUGAGAGCGUGAUGAUGUAUAAAAACGGUCACUCUGUCUUGCUAUUGAAAGCAAUGAAAGAAGGGGAAACAAUAAUUCAUUCGAAAUCUGGUGCUGAGUUAUCAACAAUACUUCAUCCAAUAAAGAAUCUUUAUUCCAACCAUUUACAAAUUCUUGCUCACAUUAAACUAAGAAUUGCACACUCCACAUUCCAGACUUUGCCGUUUGAAUCCAUAGUUGAUGAUCAUCACUUGGUGGGGCAGUUGCUCACUCAAGCGCAAAUAUUAUGCUCACAAGGUGUCGCUAUGGAACCACAGCUAUUGGCAGAAAUUCAACUUGAGCUAGUGAAGGUUCAAAGACUCCUUUGUUCCUUUGGAUGCGGGGACGCAAAGGAAGCUCUGAAGAUUUUGGUUGAAACUCGCAAGUUGUGUGAAUCCAGGAUGAAAGAUUUAAGGAUUAUUCGACAAACUCAUCUUGAAGCUGCUUUGAUUGAACUUACCAAUAUACAAGCUAAGUUUGGAAACAACAGUAAAAUUCCAAUCGAUUUGGAUCGCGUGUCAUCUUCCCCCUCCGUCUCCACGGGGAUCACUCCGACCAUGAUCAUGUCGAGGAGCUUCUCUCUAGAUGUUGGAGUCAUCUCCCAACCUCUUGAGGUCACCCAGGGAAAAAUAAGAGUAGCAACCGCCCUCUUCUCGGCUUUCCACGCGAUCAAAGGAAUCAGACAACGAUCUUUGAUGCCAGGGGAGAUCACAGGCCAAACUUUCUCUAAUGAAGACAAAUCAUCACUUCCGGACUUUUUGAUCCUCGAUCUUGCAUCAGAUCAUGUCAACCUCCCGGAUGUUUCACCUGCAGCGGAAGAUGCAACCACUGAACUCCUCAGUUUGAUCCGAGGAGCCGCUUCAGGAUUCAGUUGGAUUCGAAUCUUCACUUACUUUGUCACUUUGCAGAGAAAAUCUCGGUUAUCAAGUCUAUUAGUUGGUGGAAGUUCUUACAACGAUGAAAUUGGUAGUUCAGAUAGUAGUGGUGCUGUCUCUUCACAAAAUAGAGCUGACACAACUGUUCAAACUCCUCUUGGAAGUUCAAACAUCCCGUUGAGGUUAUCAGCAUUACAAAACUAUCUUUCCACAAGACUCACUAUGUAUUCAUCAUACGGCUUUAUACCACCAGUACCAAAAGAACAAAGUUUUGCAGCUGUACAAUGGUACAGGAAUUCUGCAGUUAAAAGUUUCACAUUGCUAUGGUGUGUAGCAAGAGCAGAUACAUCAGUAGAUUGCUCAGCUACCGAAGUCUCAUCAACUGACCAUAGCAAUAUACUACAGCAGAUUACUGAUUUGAAAAAGAGAACUGAUGAAUUUUUCGGACGAAGUCUCACUCAGAGUGACUUAAUCCAAAAAAAGAAAUCCAAGCAAAAAGCAUCAGUUUCUCUCCCCAUUGACCAACAACUCAGCGAUGACUGGAAACACGUUUUAAAUCAAGUAGUUGACCUUAUUUCAGCACAGGACGAAAUUCUGACAGAAUUACCCUUCGAAAUUAAUAUGGAAACUGCUGAGAGUGUAAUGGAUUUAUUCACAAUUGGUUGCUGUGUUAAGCCACCACACCCAUUGUAUAAAUGGCUGGUUUCACUUUUAUGUCCCUGUUAAGAUUGCGAUUUAAAGUUUGCCGUGUGUUUAUUACACUGUGUUGGUUUAUACAACGAAAAUAAAUUUUAGGAUUUUAAAAAAUUGAAUGUUUGCUUCCAGGUAUUUUAGAUAAUUCAAUAGUUCAUGUAUACUUAUGUUUAUGUUAGGCAAGAAAAAUCAAUAAAAAGCAGGCUUUGGCCACUACAAUUAGGCUACUUUUAAAUAGUAAUGCAAAUCUGAUAGAAAAAGAUCCAA